AACCUUCGACAGGUUUCUCAAAUCAUCAAAAAUCCAAAUACUAAUACCUCCACCAGACAAAUCUUUCUUGCAAACAUCAACAACAGAAGACUCUGAAACCAGAAACAAAGCUAAACCAAGCAUUCUAGCAUAGUUAGUAGCCAAAUUGUUGGAUCAAGGUGAAGAAGAGAAAGAGAGAAGAAGUAGGAGACAUGGGAGUGGACUAUUACAAGAUAUUGGGGGUUGAUAGGAAUGCGAAAGAUGAUGACUUGAAGAAGGCUUACAGAAAGCUUGCUAUGAAAUGGCACCCUGACAAGAAUCCCAAUAACAAGAAGGAGGCUGAAGCCAAGUUCAAGCAAAUAUCUGAAGCCUAUGAUGUUCUCAGUGAUCCACAGAAAAGAGCAGUGUAUGAUCAGUAUGGUGAAGAGGGCUUAAAGGGCGGUGUUCCACCUCCGGAUGCAAGUGGUCCGGGAGGAGGCGCAUCAUAUUUCUCCACCGGUGAUGGACCCACGUCGUUUAGAUUCAGUACACGAAACCCGGAUGACAUUUUCGCAGAGUUUUUCGGGGUUUCAGGCCCAUUUGGAGGUAUGGGAGGAAUGGGAGGUGGUGGUGGAAUGAGAGGGACGAGGUUUUCAAGUGGAAUAUUCGGGGAUGAUAUAUUUGAAUCCUUUGGGGGAGGAGGUGCAGGUGGCGGCGGUGCUUCUCGGAAAGUGCCUCCCAUUGAGAACAGGUUGCCAUGUACACUUGAAGAGCUUUAUAAGGGAACCACCAAGAGGAUGAAGAUAUCAAGAGAGAUACUUGAUGCAAGCGGAAAGACCAUGCCGGUGGAGGAAAUUUUGACCAUUGAAGUAAAGCCUGGCUGGAAGAAAGGUACUAAAAUAACUUUCCCAGAGAAAGGUAACGAGCAGCCAAAUGUUACCCCAGCAGAUCUCGUCUUCAUCAUCGAUGAAAAACCCCACAGCACAUUCACUCGAGAUGGGAAUGAUCUGGUGGUUACGCUGAAGAUUUCCUUAGGUGAAGCCUUGUCAGGUUACACUGUCCAUCUCACUACUCUGGAUGGCAGGAAUUUAACCAUUCCCAUCAACAAUGUGAUUCAUCCAAACUAUGAGGAGGUUGUUCCGAGGGAAGGGAUGCCGAUCCAGAAAGACCCAACAAGGAAAGGAAAUCUGAGGAUUAAGUUCAACAUCAAAUUCCCAAGUAGGCUGAGUGCAGAUCAGAAGGCUGGAAUUAAGAAACUCCUGGGACCUUGAAGAGAGUAUCAACUCCUUAAAAAAGGACCAAAUCUGUGAAUAUAUAGAUACUAUAAGUCUAUAAUCUAUGAAAUAGAAUGAGGCGUCUUGGGGCUAGUUUCUUUCCUUCCCAUUCGUUGGAAGCUUUUCAACAUUCAAGUUGAGCAACAUUAUGGUUUUCACAAUUUCUGAUUUGUAAGCUUUGGUUGGUAUUCCUUUGUCCUUUUUAAAGUAAUGGUUGUAUUGCA